GUAAACGUGAAGGGGUGAAUGUGGUGGCCGAUGGGUCCAUUUUCUGUGCACUCUCAAGGACCGUAACAGGGAAGCCGUUGGAGCUUCGAAGUCCUCCGAUCAUACCUUUUUGUUGCCUUUCACGCUCUGUACUCAUACCUUCCUUCACCUUUCUUCUUCUCCUCAAAUCCACACACACCAACCAAUUUCAUUGCCAGAAUUCAUUCUCUCUAUGAGAUUUUACACUUCGCCUCAACAUGUUCAAUUUUGAAGAUGAGCUGAUUCUUGAACCCGGAGUUUCGUGGUUAAUCUGGAUCCAGCUUCUUGUUAUCAUCCUCAUCUUCGCGCUUUAUUGUCUUACCGUUUUUGCGGUUGAUUUCUCCAAAAGCAGUACUGAGAUCAACUCCUCUGCCGCAGUUGCUUCGUCUUCUACUAGUCGGUUUGUUUGUGACGCUGCUCGCAAGGGGAAGAAUCUUCCGAAUCAGAACUUCAGAAUUGACUCUAAUCGACCGCGGAAGACGCAGGUCUCUAAGGAUCAAAGCAUCAGGGGGGAGAUAACAAGUAGUACGAGCAGGAGAGUCACACAAGUGGUAGAAGGCGCUGUAGUAGGAGGGGACGGCUCUCAAGAAACCAAGGUAGAUCUUCACCCUUGCAGUUAUUUCAGGCUUGCUAAAUCAGCUUUUCUCAGGUGCCUGGGCUUGGACUCUUCAACUGAGAUCUCAGUCUCAGAUGAAAUACAAAGACAGGAAUCAAGAAAGUCCCAAUAAAGUUGAUGUAUGUUCCACUUUUCCCAUCAUAUGAAUCCUUAAACAUUUUGCUCGUCAGCUAAUUGUGUCUUUAUACCGUAAUAUAUCUUUUCAAAAAGGUGAAAAAAAAGAGCAGAAUUAUGAUUCUUAUACUGCAUGCGAGAUCGAAAUUGACUGAUCCAUCCAAAUACAUACGCCAUUCUCAAAGCAUAUAAUUCUGGGUUAGAGUCUGUUUCAUUGUCUUAACAUGAACUUAAUACUUGUUAGGCGAGGAUUAGGAGUGAUAUUAUGAGUUGAUGCCCCUUUGCAUUUAAUCAAUUUGGUUUGAGAGUGUUUUUAAUA